AUGCAUUUCUUAUCUUCACUUAUCGUGGCAGCUACUGCUCUCCCCUAUGCUUACGGCUCUGUCCUAGCUGAGCGAGCUACGUCUGGAAUUGCAACUUGGUAUGAUGGUACUGUUGGAGCUUGCUCGUUCGAUGGGUAUACGUACCCGACGGGUGUGUAUAGGACGGCCUUGGGUCUGAAUCUCUGGAAUACGGCUGCUCAAUGUGGUGCUUGCGUGUCUAUCACUAAUGCUAGUGGGAAGAAGAUUACUGCCAUGAUCGUCGACGAAUGUCCCGGCGGCUGUGCAGGUAAAACGUUCGAUCUCUUCCCCACGGCAUUCUCGUCCCUCGCUGUCCCAUCCGUCGGUGAAAUCCCCAUCAAAUGGGACUACAUCACCUGCCCGAUCACCACACCCUUCAAACUCCGGACGAAAACCGGCAGCUCACAAUGGUGGUUCGCCAUCCAAGUGUACAAUGCCAACCAGGCUAUCACGAAGCUCGAGGUUAGUGCUGAUCAGGGCAAGACGUGGAAGAGCUGCGUGAGGCAGACGUAUAAUUAUUGGUUGUUGGCGAGUGGAACGGGGAGUGCGACGGUGCAGGUCAGGGUUACGGCGAAGAAUGGGAAGGUGGUAUUUACCAAGAAUGUGCCAACUGCAGAGGGCAAGACUGUUACUGCUGCAAGCAACUUUGUCUGA